ACUGAAUGACAAGAUGGCCAGAGUUGGUUUACUGGCUUUCAUUGCUUGUUUAAUGCUGGAGGGGUUCGGACUGGCCGCCGUAAUACCAGAGGAAAAGACAGGAGAUGUGUUUUUGUCUCAGCAGGCGGCACACACAGUGCUGCUUCGCUACCGCAGAUACAACAGUGGCCAUCUUGAAGAACUUCACAAAGACAAUCUGGAGCGGGAGUGUAAAGAGGAACUCUGCACGAUGGAGGAGGCCCGGGAGGUGUUCGAAUGGUGACCAGUGUAAGCCACCCCCCUGCCAAAAUGGAGGAGUGUGUGAAGAUGGAAUCAGUGCAUAUGUCUGCUGGUGCAAACCAAACUUCAGCGGCAAGAACUGUGAGAUUGAGGUGUCCAAGCAGUGUUCGUUCAACAACGGUGGAUGUUCCCAUUUCUGUGUGAUGCAGGCAGAGCUGCCUGUGUGUCAGUGUGCAGCCGGUUACCAACUUGGGCAAGACAAGAGGACCUGUGAACCAACAGAACAAUUCAGCUGUGGUAGCGUGAACAUGCCCUCCACCUCCAACACCAACACCAGAUUCAUCGUGAAACCUCGGUCAGCAAACAUGACACACAGCUCUAAAAGAAAACACAAUUCAAGCGUCACCCUGCAGGAUGACUACUAUGACGACAAUAUAACACAGCAAUAUGAUUACUACGACCUCCCUACGAAUGAUUCAGAUCCGUUCAACAUUUCUGUGGUCCCUGAAGUAGACAUACGUUCAGUGAGGUCGGCUUCAAGCUCCUCUGAAAAUCCAGCUGAGGUUGUGAUGAGCAGUGGGGAGGUGAGCAUUGUCACUGAAAACGCCCACAGAGCUUUCUACCCCACACUCCCCACCAUCACAGAAGAAGUCAACAAUGACCAGAGGAUUGUGGGAGGCAACGAGGCCAUUGCUGGAGAGAUACCUUGGCAGGUGGCUCUGAUGUCUCAUUCAGUAGUCCUUCAAAGAGCGGAGCCUUUUUGUGGAGGAUCUCUGCUCAGUGAAUUGUGGGUCAUAACCGCUGCCCAUUGUCUGACACAAGCUAGUAUUGAUAAACGAAGUUUCUUCGUCAGAGUGGGUGAACAUGACGUGAGCAAGAAAGAGGGUCCAGAGCGGGAUUAUCAAGUGGAAAAGAAGCAUAUCCAUCACAUGUACAAUUUCAGUAAGUCACCGUAUAACCAUGAUAUUGCACUACUGAAGCUUGCCAGUCCGGUGGAACUGUCCAACCAACGGCUUCCCAUCUGCCUGGGCCCCAAAGACUUUAUUGAGAACCUAUUGAGGGAGUCCAGCAGCUCUCUGGUGAGCGGCUGGGGACGGCUAAGGUUCCUGGGCCCCGAGGCCACCAAACUUCAAAAGCUGGAGGUGCCCUACGUGGACCGCACCCUGUGCAAACAGAGCAGUCGGGACCACGUCACACGCUUUAUGUUCUGUGCUGGCUACCAAAGUGAACAGAAAGAUUCAUGCCAGGGAGACAGUGGGGGGCCACAUGUCACCAAUUAUAAAGGCACUUGGUUCCUGACAGGCAUCGUCAGCUGGGGCGAGGAGUGUGCCAAGGACGGGAAGUACGGCAUCUACACUCGAGUCUCACGGUACUACCUGUGGAUCAGUCAGACAACAGGGAUCCAAAUUAACUAACUGACAAAUGGAGUCCAUGUGUGGGAAUAACACAGCUGUCAGCCAGCAAAACAUGCAUAGCAUUUGUCUAGUUAGCCACUGGAAAAGUCAGUUUUACUACUACUGAAUAAUCAAGUGAGAAAUCAUUCAUGUUCAUUUUGAUUAUCCAAUAAGAGUAUUUUGCAUGUUGUUUGAAAUGUUGCAAAA